AUGAUGAUGAUUACAUAUUGUGACAAGGAGUUUAAGGUGAGAAUUAACGCGUCGGUUGCUAAAGCUAUGAAGAAGCCUGAAGAAGGUUGGGUCAAAAUAAGUAUUCUUUUUCGUAGGGUCAAAAUGUGUCAACCACAGGCCCGUUGGGAGCAUGUGGAGUAUUCCUUCAUCAUGAAACCACACAAUAAGUGUAACUUUAACCAUCUGAUGCUUUUUACUCCAUUUGUAGGAACCAGUUUGGCUGCAAAAUUAUUAAGAGAAAGUGGUGUAACGCUUUUCAAAGUAAGAGAAGAAACUGUAAAUUUACUUGGAAAAUCAGACAUGUAUAUUUUCAGCCCUGAACAUCCUCCAUUGACCAAAGCAGCUCAGAAGGCCAUUGAUUGGGCAAUCAAUGAGAAACUAAAGUCAGGGGAAACAGGAGAAGUGACAACAUCGCAUUUGCUUCUGGAAAUAUGGGCGCAGAAGGAAUCAGCUGGUCAUAAAAUAAUGGCUAAACUUGGUUUCAAUGAUGAUAAAGCUAAAGAGCUUGCUAAAACCAUGGACAAAGAAACUAUUUUGAGCUACAAGAAGGGAGUUUAAAGAACUGUAUACACGUUUUCUGCUUCAUCCCUCUGUUUGUUGGUUGUUUAGAAUGAUUCGUUUGCAACACAACAACAUGAAGCAAAGUGAAAUUUGUAAAAGCUAUAAAGAAAAUUAAAAGGAUGACUAUUUUAUUAGUUGGAAAUUGGAAUAAAACUUUCAUUUUUUAUUA